GCCGGUUUAGAUUGGGAGUAGGGGUGCCCGCCAGGGGAUCAGGAUUUGGUCAGGUGGUGGGGACAGGCCAGAGAGUUUCAGAGGCGAGUCUGGUGUGUUGAGGGGACCCUGGCGAAAGGGGCUAGUCAGGGAGUUAGGGGGAUUCAGCGCGAAGGGUUAGGAGCCGGACGUGUGCGCGGCCCAGGAGGGGGAGCAAGGUGGCUGGGAGUGUGCAGUAAGUGGGCUGAGGGUGUGUGCCUCUUCCAGUCCUCAGGUCACAUUUACCCCUGUCCUUUUCUUCAAGAUGGAGGGAUCCCUGGGCCUGGCCCUUAACUGCUCUCCUUGUGCCCCCGGUAGGGCUUGUGACCCUGUCCUGUCGAAAAGCCACGCUGCCCUCUUUUCCCUUUAUGUGUAAUUACGGUUGGAUCAUCUCGGUGCUUUGCUCAGAUUCUCCUUCCUCCCUCUGGGGUUGAGGAGGAGGAGACACAUCUGACCAAUUAAUGUGUUUGUGAAACAGGCAGCAGCAAACAGUCAUUUCAGCUUUUAGGAAUUAGGCUCACACAGGGUGGAGAGAUCAGAGCCCUUCCGGGGGAAUCUUUCUGAACAAAUCACAGAUGAUUAAAUUCUCGAAGAUACAGCUUCCUACCUCAAUGAGAGUGGGAAAGAUGGGGGAGAAAGCCUGCCUGUUUCCAGCCAUGUGUCCAGAGCGCCAGGGGUGGAGGAGAGUCCCCAAGCCCCCACAGGCCUCUCUCUCUUCUCUGUCCUAGGCUUUGCUCUGCAGCCUUGAGUUAAUUUCACCCCUGCUGCUUUGUCUUGGGGGAGGGAGUGCUGGUUUAGAAUUGUGAGGAGAUGACUGUUCUGCUACCACAUACAAUGGUCGUGUCAUUUUAUCGGGAGUGCUACCCCAGGGCUGAGAACGGCUGCUGCAGAGAUAAACCGGUCCCUCUCACCCGCCUUUUGUGUACACAGUGAAGGUCAUAGGUUCAAGUCUUGUCUGAGAGCUUUGGAUAUGCUCCAUCUCCCAGGCUCCUCAGUGCCGUUUUCUUCCUUUACCAGACUGGGGCUUGCUAUUGGAGGAGGCCAGACAGAAAGGCUCUUCUUUUUGAGUGAGGAACAAUGCAGAGCUCAUUGGCACACAUUUUUCAGAAGAAUAGGGGAUGCCAGCCAUGUUGUGCCUGCCUCUUUGGCUAGCCUGUACUGAGUUGUGGAGGAAUAGUGUCUGGGAGGCUUAACCUCGGUGUUUGUGUCAGAUCUUUAAGGAAGACGACUCCAAGGGGAGGUUUCUACUCUUACUUGAACUAUCAUAUUUAAUUCUUUUCAUAGAGAGGGGACAAUCAUCCAGUGAUUUUUGUUUGUCUGUCUAGGAAUACCAAAUACCUUUUUAAUGGUGACUUCCUGGUCAGUAAUAAUUGCACAACAAAAAACCACAAGGGCAAGGGCUGUGGGAACAACAACAAAAAUAUUUUCACUCUGAUGAAAGGUGACUUGCUCUUUGUGCAGAAAAUCCAUAUUUGCCUCUGUGUUAGGGAGAAAUUUGCCAAAGAGAUGAACAUGAAAAAAAAUCAUUGCAGGUUUUGGGGAUUACUAAUAAGAGAGGGAUGAGAACAAGCUAGAAGGAACCCCAAUAAUGGUAUGUAUCUCACAGACAUGGCCAAGUAGAAUUUAGGUACUCUUAAAACCAAAAAUACUGUUGCCAUCGAGUGGAUUCUGACUUACAACGACCCUAUAGGACAGAGUAGAACUGCUCCAUAGGGUUUCCAAGGCUAUAAAUCUUUACAGAAGCAGACUGCCACCUCUUUCUCCCAUGGAGCAGCUGGUGGGUUGAAACCGCCAACCUUUUGGUUAGCAGCCGACUGCUUUAACCAGCUCCUUUAGGUACUGUUAGCCCGGGAAAAAAUUAUUUGGGGCUAAAAAAGAGAUUUCCAUUUAGGACAAUAAAGAAAACUUUUCUUUAAAAAGAGAUUAGAAAUAACUCAUUGUGAGAGGGGAAUUGUACCCGGUACACUGUAUACAAUAGCCAACCAUUUCCCAUAGGGUAUUGUUGAAUAGGUACUUUAGCCUUUGGUUUUGGUAAAGGUCUUUUUAAGGCAGAUCUUUCUAUGUUGCCUCCUACAUCCCUCAGUGAGUGUCUUAAAAUGAUGGCUUGGCACUUAGGUGUUGAGCUUUGAUAGGAGGGAUCAGGUUGUUAUGACCUUUAUAUUUCUUGAUGACAGAACUGUCUGAAGGCCUUAGUGGAUGCGGUUUCCUACUAUGUGUCCUAGGUCUCUGAGUGAAGCCUCAGCUAAACGAGUCCAAAGCUUUUUGCUGUUGGAGUUGGCAUUCGUUUCUGAAUCCUGUCGGAUGACAGUGAAGGCAGAAGCCUCAGGUUAAAUUUGCCCUGAUUAGAUUUAGUGGUUUCAGAGCUGGGCCCCUUGCCACGAGGAAUCUUACGUGAGUGAGUCUUCUGAUUGUGACCAUCUUUCAGAGAGCACUUUAGAUUUUUUUUCCCAGCUUCUUGGUAGAAAAUUUUUCCUUGUGAGAGAUCUAGAUAGCUGGACAGAUUAGUGCUUGUUUUGUGUGAGAAUAUGGAAGCAUAAUUUUGGCUCCUGGUAGUAAUUAUGCUGCAGUUAGCAUAUAGCAACUAAAUGACUGGAACAGGAUAAUUUGUUGAGGUGGUUUACUGACUGCUCUGUCAAGUAGAGGUGCCACUCCUUAUUUAUUGGACUCAGAAUACUACUGCCUGGCCUCAGCCCUGGAGACUAAGAAGUAAGGAAUGAUAUGUGUUCUCCGGAAGUUCCCAUUCUGCUCCCCUGCCAUGCACCAUAUCACCUUCUCCUGCCACUUUCUCCUGCUCUAAAGGUAGCUAAGCAAUUGUUAUUUCCCUUGUGGAAAACUGGUCAUGGCUAGAAAUACAGCCAGGCAGAUGGGGCCACUUUGAGAUAAGGCAGCAGCCUUAUGUUAUGUGGCAAAUUGUCUUUUCAGCGGCUUAAUCCUCCCUUCUACUUGAUUUUUAAAAAUCAGUUACCUUUAAAAAAAAAACCAACAACAACAAAAAACCAGCAACAAACCUCAUUAAAUACACAAUCACAUAGUGUACUAAAUAUGUCUUCUUGAUAUUCCUCAGAUUAAAGUUGGCUGUGACGGGCAAAAUGAAGAUAGGUGAUGCUGAUUAGCAGGUUCUGGGCCCUCCGAGUGUCAGUGGAGGACUCUUUUCGCUCGGGAACAGCAAUGAUGUUGUCCACUGGGCGUAUACUGACCAUUGUGGCAGGUCUGAGAACAUAGCUGAAGCUGAAAAUAGGAAAGCUGGGGGCAAGGAAGAGCCCUGAAUCUUGAGGUGGGACGUUGACUCUAAGAUGUCCUUGAGCAGUGGAGCCUCCGGAGGGAAAGGAGUGGAUGCAAACCCGGUUGAGACAUACGACAGUGGGGAUGAAUGGGACAUUGGAGUAGGGAAUCUCAUCAUUGACCUGGACGCCGAUCUGGAAAAGGACCAGCAGAAACUGGAAAUGUCAGGCUCAAAGGAGGUGGGGAUACCAGCUCCCAAUGCUGUGGCCACACUACCAGACAACAUCAAGUUUGUGACCCCAGUGCCAGGUCCUCAAGGGAAGGAAGGCAAAUCAAAAUCCAAAAGGAGUAAGAGUGGCAAAGACACUAGCAAACCCACUCCAGGGACUUCCCUGUUCACACCAAGUGAAGGGGCAGCUAGCAAGAAAGAGGUGCAGGGACGCUCAGGAGAUGGUGCCAGUGCAGGAGGCCUGGUUGCUGCUAUUGCACCCAAGGGCUCAGAGAAGGCCGCCAAGGCAUCCCGCAGUGUAGCCGGCUCCAAAAAGGAGAAGGAGAACAGCUCAUCUAAGAGCAAGAAGGAGCGAAGCGAAGGAGUGGGGACUUGUUCAGAAAAGGAUCCUGGGGUCCUCCAGCCAGUUCCAUUGGGAGGACGGGGUGGUCAGUAUGAUGGAAGUGCAGGGGUGGAUACAGGAGCUGUGGAGCCACUUGGGAGUAUAGCUAUUGAGCCUGGGGCUGCACUCAAUCCUUUGGGAGCUAAACCGGAGCCAGAGGACGGGGAGAAUGAGUGUCGCCCGCUAAAGAAAGUCAAGUCUGAAAAGAUGGAGUCCCCUGUCUCCACACCAGCGGUGCUGCCGCUGCACCUUUUGGUGCCAGUGGUCAGUAACGACAUCUCAUCCCCCUGUGAGCAAAUCAUGGUUCGUACCCGGUCAGUUGGGGUCAACACAUGUGAUGUGGCUCUAGCUACAGAACCCGAAUGCCUGGGCCCCUGUGAACCUGGGACCAGUGUCAACCUCGAGGGCAUCGUGUGGCAGGAAACAGAAGAUGGGAUGUUGGUGGUGAAUGUAACAUGGAGGAACAAGACAUACGUAGGUACACUUCUUGACUGCACACGCCAUGAUUGGGCACCCCCGAGGUUCUGUGACUCCCCCACCAGUGACUUGGAAAUGCGUAAUGGUCGGGGUAGAGGCAAACGAAUGCGUCCCAACAGUAACACCCCUGUCAAUGAGACCACUGCAGCCUCUGAUGGCAAAGGGACCAGCAGCAGCAGCAAAACCCGGGCAGGAGCCAAUAGUAAAGGCCGUCGGGGCAGCCAAAAUUCUUCAGAGCAUCGCCCACCUGCAAGCAGCACCUCUGAGGAUGUCAAGGCCAGCCCUUCGUCAGCUAAUAAGCGGAAAAAUAAACCCCUUUCAGACAUGGAGCUAAAUUCUAGCUCAGAGGACUCCAAAGGGAGCAAGCGUGUCCGUACAAAUUCCAUGGGCUCAGCCACUGGCCCGCUCCCUGGGACCAAGGUGGAACCCACUGUUCUGGACAGAAAUUGUCCCUCCCCAGUCCUGAUUGACUGUCCCCACCCAAACUGCAACAAGAAGUACAAGCACAUCAAUGGACUUAAGUACCAUCAAGCUCAUGCCCAUACAGAUGAUGACAGUAAACCUGAAGCGGAUGGAGACAGCGAGUACGGAGAGGAGCCUACUCUCCAUGCAGAACUUGGGAGUUGCAAUGGUGCAUCUGUCUCACAAAAAGGUUCCUUGUCCCCUGCCCGCUCAGCUACCCCCAAAGUUCGGCUUAUAGAGCCCCAUAGCCCUUCUCCUUCAAGCAAAUUCAGCACAAAAGGUCUCUGUAAGAAAAAGUUGAGUGGGGAAGGGGACACAGACCUCGGGGCCUUAUCCAAUGAUGGCUCUGAUGAUGGACCCUCAGUAAUGGAUGAAACAAGCAAUGAUGCCUUUGAUUCUUUGGAAAGGAAAUGUAUUGAAAAAGAAAAAUGUAAAAAACCCUCUAGUUUGAAACCUGAAAAGAUUCAGUCCAAGAGCUUAAAGUCAGCCCGCCCCAUUGCCCCUGCCAUCCCCCCACAGCAAAUCUACACCUUCCAGACAGCCACCUUCACAGCAGCAAGCCCAGGCUCCUCCUCAGGCUUGACCACCACAGUGGUCCAAGCCAUGCCCAACAGCCCCCAGCUCAAACCCAUUCAGCCCAAGCCCACUGUGAUGGGAGAGCCUUUCACAGUCAACCCUGCCUUGACUCCAGCCAAGGACAAGAAAAAGAAAGACAAAAAAAAGAAAGAAUCUUCAAAGGAACUUGAAAGUCCUCUGACUCCUGGGAAGGUUUGUCGAGCAGAAGAAGGCAAAAGCCCAUUCAGGGAAUCAUCGGGAGAUGGGAUGAAAAUGGAGGGUCUCCUAAAUGGCUCAUCAGACCCCCACCAGAGCCGACUGGCUAGCAUCAAGGCUGAAGCUGACAAGAUCUACAGCUUCACAGACAAUGCUCCCAGCCCCUCAAUUGGAGGCAGUAGCCGCCUAGAUAGCACUACCCCUACCCAGCCCAUGACUCCCUUACAUGUAGUGACCCAGAAUGGAGCUGAAGCCAGCUCAGUUAAAACCAACAGCCCUGCAUACUCCGACAUCUCCGAUGCUGGGGAGGAUGGAGAGGGCAAGGUGGACGGUGUCAAAUCAAAGGACCCUGAACAGCUGGUUAAGGAAGGGGCUAAGAAAACUCUUUUCGCCCCUCAGCCACAGAGCAAAGACUCACCAUACUACCAAGGCUUUGAGACUUACUACUCUCCAAGUUACACCCAGUCCAGCCCAGGGGCUCUGAACCCCAGCAGCCAGGCAGGAGUGGAGAGCCAGUCCCUGAAGACAAAAAAGGAUGAGGAGCCUGAGAGCAUAGAGGGGAGAAUGAAGAACGAUGUCUGUGAGGAGAAGAAAGCAGAGCUGAGCAGUUCCAGUCAGCAGCCCUCUGUCAUCCAGCAGCGCCCCAACAUGUACAUGCAGUCUCUGUACUACAACCAGUAUGCCUAUGUACCCCCCUAUGGCUACAGCGACCAGAGUUACCACACCCACCUCCUGAGCACAAACACAGCUUACCGGCAGCAAUACGAGGAACAGCAAAAACGGCAGAGCUUGGAGCAGCAGCAGCGGGGCCUGGACAAGAAGGCAGAGAUGGGCCUGAAGGAGCGAGAGGCAGCGCUCAAGGAAGAGUGGAAGCAAAAGCCGUCAAUCCCACCAACUCUCACCAAGGCCCCCAGCCUGACAGACCUGGUGAAGUCAGGACCAGGCAAGGCCAAGGAGCCAGGGCCUGACCCUGCCAAAUCAGUCAUCAUUCCCAAGUUAGAUGAUGCCUCAAAACUCCCCAGCCAGGCCCCAGAAGGACUUAAAGUGAAACUGAGUGAAGCCAGCCAUCUUGGCAAGGAGGCCUCUGAGGCCAAGACAGGUGCUGAGUGUGGCCGGCAGGCAGAGGUGGAUCCAAUACUCUGGUACCGACAGGAGGCAGAGCCCCGGAUGUGGACGUAUGUCUAUCCUGCCAAGUACUCAGACAUCAAGCCAGAGGAUGAGCGGUGGAAAGAGGAGCGGGACCGCAAAUUGAAGGAGGAGAGGAGUCGGAGUAAGGACUCUGUCCCCAAGGAGGAUGGGAAGGAAAGCACAAGUAGUGACUGCAAGCUGCCCCCGGCCGAGGAUUCCCGCCUCGGGAGCAAGGAGCCCCGACCAAGUGUCCACGUGCCUGUGUCCUCCCCGCUCACCCAGCACCAGUCCUACAUCCCCUACAUGCACGGCUACUCCUACAGCCAGUCCUAUGACCCCAGCCACCCCAGCUACCGGGGCAUGCCUGCCGUGAUGAUGCAGAACUACCCAGGUUCCUACCUGCCUUCCAGCUACUCUUUUUCCCCAUACGGGAGCAAGGUCUCAGGCGGUGAAGAUGCCGACAAGGCACGAGCCAGCCCCAGUGUCAGCUGUAAGUCCAGCUCAGAAUCCAAAGCGCUGGACAUCUUGCAGCAGCAUGCCAGUCACUACAAGAGCAAGUCUCCCACGAUAAGUGAUAAAACUGCUCAGGAGAGAGAUCGGGGAGGCUGUGGGGUGAUUGGGGGUGGUGGCAGCUGUAGCAGCGUCGGGGGAACAGGCGGGGGUGAAAGGAGUGUAGACCGGCCCCGCACCUCUCCUUCCCAGCGCCUGAUGUCCACACAUCACCAUCACCACCACCUGGGCUACUCGUUGCUCCCAGCACAGUACAACUUACCCUAUGCAGCAGGGCUGUCUUCUACAGCUAUUGUUGCCAGCCAGCAAGGCUCCACUCCUUCACUCUACCCACCGCCCCGGAGGUGAGAACGAACACCAAGUGCCCGGAUAAAGUCAGCUUCACGGGCCCAGACGGCUCACCCAAGGAGGUGCUGGAGGUGCCAUUUAGACAUCAGUUAAAUGGUGUUGAUCAUCCUGUUUGCCGUUCCCACCAUGGCCGAAGGCAGACCCUUGGCUCUCUUGCCUCCACCAGACCCCGGCUCCCUGCCCCUCCCUCUUCCUCAGGAGCUGGAGAGCAGCUACUUAGCAAAAAUAUUUAUUCUCUCGGCCACAGUCGUGACUGUUGUGGCCUCUGCGGAGAUGAAGGCAUGGGGAGUGACCAGGGGAACAUGGCUCAGCCCAGAGAAGUCAUUGCUUUGUUCCCCAAGCCCUGGUCAGCUGCCAGAGCAGUACCAGCCCCCCAGGGGGGACCCCCAGCCCUGGGUAAGGUCUGAAGACAGCACAGCAGCCAUAGCCCUCAGCCUCAUUCCCACCAUCACCAGAUCCUGCGUCUCCCCAGCGGUUUGGGCUCUGGGAACUGGCAGCACGUGGAGGACUUAGAAUCUCAGGAAAGAAAUUGGGGGCUGUUUUUUCUGUAAUUGUGAAAACAAGGUCUUCAAACAUGAAGACUUCUCCCCCCUCACAUGAGCACAUGUAAAUGCUCAGAGCCCAGCCUGGAAAGGAAGACCCAAAGCAUUUGCCCCACCAGGGCUUUGAGCUACCUGUCAGGCGGAGGGCAGGGGUCCCAGCAACAGCACAGGGCUCCCCUGGGCUCCUGGGAGUGAGCUGGAGCUGGACACGAAUGGAGUCUGUGAAAUAGAACCUGCGUCCCCACUGAGUCUGCUGCUUCUUUUCCCCCAACUCCUUGCCCUUUUCUCUCUCCCCUCCUGGCCCCUUGGUGCCUUUCCCAGGGGGUCCCCACACUGAUCUCUCCUCUUCUUUUCCACUGCUUGGCUCUGAAGACUCAGAUAAAAUGGUAUCCCCCCAGCAUGGGGAGCUUUGGUGUCUGCCAGGCCACCGUAGAGCAAGGCCCAGGGAGCAGAGGCCCUGGGAGCACCCAGCAGUUCUUAGAUACGUCCUGUCCAUUCAGCCAUCUGAGUGUCCUGCUCAUUUAGGGCCACAGGUAUAUACAGCCCGAGUUCCUCUGUGUACAUGAUUUUAUACAGCUCAAUCUAUAACCUCCGUGUGUGCCAAUAGAAGCUGUGUUUCUAUGUAACACACGUGUUUCUGUCUUAGGGGCCACUGGCCAUGGGAGGUUAUGUUUCUGAGACCCUGGGAUAACACAUCCAAGCUGUAACUCCUCAGAGCCACAGAGUGUACUCGGCAGAGCUGUGCUUUGAAGCAGCAGACCUUUUUCUGCAGUCUCCCAGGCCAAGCUUUAUGCUAUUUUUGCUUGGAAAGUGACAGUGAUUUGGUAGCUUUAUUGGAGUCACUUCCUCCCCAGGCCGUGAGGAGCCUUUGCUCUUACUUUGCUUUUGGGGUAUCAUCCCCUUGUUCUGCUCCCCUCCUGUCUUUCCUUGGCCUUCUGGAUUGAGAGAGAAAGACUGACAGAUAGCAACCUAGGCUAAAGAAGGCUGGUUGUGGCCAGAGUGCCGGAAGUGACAAUUUAAGAGCAGGGACUUGGCUCUGACUCAGUUGGAGAAGAAAGAGAUAGAGGACAGAAAGCACAAUGCCCAGCAGAAGCUGGUUUCUCAGAAGCCUAGAGCCCUAGACAUAGAUAGGUUUGAGGUCAUCUGCCCAAGAGGAGCCACCUCUGACCUGCAGAUAUUUCCUCUAGGUUUCCUGUCCUUGUUUUUGUUCAAGUUGGGUUGAGCCUCCCUCCCCCGAAGAAACUCCGAUGUCUUAGACCUCUUGGCAGCCCCACGCAGCCUCCCUCUCACCCAUCAUUCCUUCUGCCUCCUGCUGCCCCAGCGGGUGGUGCUCGGAGCAGUGACUUCCCUUUUAUCUAUGGAAGUAGCUGGGUUGGACAUCUUCACCCCACCUAACCUGAGUCACCACCGCCAAGGUGACUGAAUUUCAGCCUGAUGAUGCCCUCCCAGGCUCCUGUGGGGUGGACCAAGGGCCCAUCUGUUCCUGUUUGUUUUAAAUAUUGUUGUGUGUUUUGUAUCUCUGGCCCUGGCCUACAGCGUGCUCUGUACAUAUUGUAAAGAAACUGUUUGGAGUAAUGUUCUUUCCCACUGGGCAGGCACGGCCCCACAUUCCUGCCUUUUCUACUUAGUUCUCUGACAGAGGGGGAAGCUUCUGUAUUAGCAGGGCAGUCUCGGGUUCUGCAGAAGGGAACAGCUUUUUCUUUUUUUUCCUUCAAAACCGUUGGCUCUUUGAUCCUUGUAUACCGUUACACCUUGAAGAGAAGAGCAGGUGGAAGCGACGGCGGCAGAAUGGCUCUGCCUUUUCCCGGCCCCUCCCUGAUCCUUACCAGGUCUGGUCUUCCCUCCCUGAAACAACACGAAGCAGCAGCUGCAGCAGCUGUAGAGGAAAUGCAGAUCCUUGACAAGUAUCGAGUGGAGGUUUGCUGUCUGCCUUCAGCCUCUCUACUUGGGGAGGAGGAACAUGGCGUGGGGGGUACAGGGGUACCCACGGUCUGGUCAGAGGGAUGAGGCAGGAACCCCCGCCCCUCCCCAGGAGCAAGGCUGGAAAAGUUUGCUGCUAAGAGCCCAGACCACCAGACCAAGGCUCUCUCUGAGCCACCCCGCCCAGGCCUUCAUGGACAUCGCUCACUGGGGCUCCCCUAGAGGAGAAGCGAAAGAGAAAGAGAGCCUCAUCCCCAGGUGGGGUAGCUGAGGCUUGGAGGAGAGCUGCUCUUAGGAUUCACAUCUACUUCUUCCUCUUCAAGGUGUGUCAGCUUCCUUCCUUCCCUGCUUGGUACAUGUAUGAAGUUACCUUCUCUUACCCCACCCUCUCCACACCUCCCAUGGUCAAAGGACCACACACAGAAGGGUAAGAGGGCACCCCAUGAAAUGAAAUGGCGAUUCUUGGAUCUCUUCUCUCCAGGCUCCGAGGCAGGGGUGGGAGGACUUGGCUUAGGGAGUUGGGGUUGAGACUGCAGAAGGGCUAGUUAUUGUAUACAGGCUUUGAGGCCACCCAUGUCACUUACUAUCCCAUAUACCCUGUUCACCAUCCCAGUGUCUAAUGCCCCCAAGAUUCAACUGGGCAGCUAGUUGGCCCCGUAAAUGCUGGGCCUUUGUCAUUUGCUUUAUUACUAGGGCAUCCCAGGAAACUUUCCAAUGAUCCCCUGCCAUGGGCCCCUCCCGGGAUCGAGCCCCUCCUGCCCCAGCCCACCCGCUUGCCUUGGUGCUCAGCCCCCCAUUGGGAGCAGGUUGGGGCGAGCUGGAGGCCCGGGCUGGAGGGGCAGUGUUGCUGUUCAUAGCUUUUGUUCCAUUGGCGUUGCUCUGUUGGAUUUAAUUUCAGUCUUCCUGAUUCUUCCCUUCUGUAAAGUGUACAUUACCAAGUUCCUUGUUUUUUAUAUAUAUAUAUAUAUAAAUAUAUAUAUAUACAAACUGUACUCUUUUUGCCUUUGUACAUUCAGGCAAGAAGAGAAAAUAAAUCUUUUUAAGAGACAAUCACAAAUCUGUGAGGGCUGCUGGUUAUUUCUCCUGGAGUUUGCUGCUGAGCUGCCUCUCCUUUCCCCCAACUUUCCGUUCUCCCUCAGCUUUCCUGAUCUUCUGGUCCGCUCCAUAUGCAUCCUCAGCUUCACCUUCCCUGGCUGACGGCAAGCUGUUUGAACCCAGUGUCCAGACUGCCUGCCCUGCAGCCCUGUCCUGCCCAGCACUGUUUGAACCCAGUGUCCAGACUGCCUGCCUUGCAGCCCUUUCCUGCCCAGCACUGUUUGCUGGCUUGGCCCCUCCUGUCACCCUUAGAUCCCGCUCACCAAAGUGGCUUUGGACACUCACUUGUGAAACUAUGCAGCUGGGAGCUCUCUGCCUAAGAGUUUGCACUAUUUCAGCUUGCCUGGGAGUUAGGAUGGAUGGUUUUUAGGAAUGAGAAACCAUCUCCCAGCUCUCCCCCCAGAUUCCAGCCUGCAGAGCGCUCUGACCCCAGAGACAGAGCAUUGUGCCUGGCUGACGGACUCCUGUGACUACCCAGAACAAGGGCUGUGGGUGGAUGGGCCAAGAGCAUUUGGUCAGAAUUUCAAAAGGUGGUAACAUUCGGAAACAACCCAACCAAACUGUUGUUCUGCCUCUUUAACCUUCUCCUUCUCCUCUACUUUCCUCCUCCCCCCUUUUCCCUCUCUCUACUUCCUUUUCUUAACUGGCUUUGGAAUUGAAGUAUAUUUUUAAAUUAUUUGUUGUAUUUAUUGAAUAAAGUUUUUAAUGUCCCUGUUCUUAAAUUUAGACUUAGUUUGCCUUUCACAUAUCUCCCCUUAUCCUACUUCACCAUCCCAAAAAAUACUCCACCUCCUAAGUUGGGUUUUUUUUUCGAUUGGUGUGUAGCCUUUCGGAGCCAUAUUUCUUUCCCAACAGUGGUGUUCAAUAAGAAGUUUUCUUUUUUAAAAGGGAAAUCUUGCCUGAGUGCCUAGGUUUUUCCAUGUCAGCCCUUUUAACUCUGGCUGUAGGAGUACCCCCCUUGGCGGGUGCAGUUAAUGCACUUGGUUGCUAACCAAAAGGUUGGAGGUUUGAAGCUACCCAGAGGUGCCUCAGAAGAAAGGCCUGGCCACCUACUUCUGAAAAAAUCCACCACUGAAAACCCUACAGAGCACGGUUCCGCUCUGAGACACGUGGGGUCGCCACCUUCCAUAGUAACUGGUUUUAGCUCUGACUGUACUGAAGAGGAGCCACCAGCAGAGGGCAGCAGAAUCUCAGGCGUGUUUCCUCUCCCUUCUACUUUAGAGAAAAGGCAAGGGCUGAGUUUUGUCUUGUUCCUUUAUCUCUGAAUUGUAGAUUCCUUGGGUUUGAGGUUAACAUCUGAACCCUAAACUGCCUACAUGUAGACUGGCCAUUGUCAGCUUUCAUGUGGAUCUCUGCGGUCAACAUCUCACCGUAGUAACUGUUUUCAGUCACUACCUUUAGGCUGCGUAUUGGGAUUAGCUUCUCACUGUAAACAUCUUCAGGUCCUUCUGAUUUUAACUGGAGUUUCUCUAGGCCCAGACCUGCUCUAAUAAUAUUUGGGGGAAGGAGUUUUUUGCACUCACUUUCUUUUUUUUAUGAAUACCAGAUGGAGUCCAAGGUUAAUGGCUUAGCCCAGAGCAGAAACACAAGUAACCUCCAAGAAUAAUAUGAAAAUGAGCCAAAGACCCUUAGAAAAACUAAAGACAGCCAUAGCUCAACAGUAGACAGCUCCAGAGCUGAAGGACGUGGAAGAACACACCCGGCACUUCACUUGGGAAAAGGGAAACAAUAGGGGAAAAUGCUAGUAAGCCCUUGAGAAAUUAAAAAAGAAGAGAACAGAGGUGAAAGGGAUGCUAGCCCCUUACAGGGCCACUGAGCUUACUCAUCAGACUGGUGGGCCCAGAGGGUGAAGCCAUGCCUUAGGGCACUGGGCUCCAAAAGGAGGAAACUCUUCCUAGGGACGGUGUGUGCUUCCUUCAAAGACUCCAGGAAUGGGAGCGUUAGCAAGCUCCACGCAAAAGCCAAAAUUGUUUCAGGGCCCAGCUUUCUAUAAAAAAGGAAGACCUAAGAAGAGCGUGGAGCCUGGGCCUAGCUUGUGGAUGAAGCUGAUGUGUACACACCUGUCUCUCCAGGGGCUCUGGCGUGGCCCAGACUCCUAGCAACCCCACAUUUCGUACUGUAACAUGGCCCCCGAGACCUCGGCCAGUUUACCUGUCCCGCGGCACUGCCACUUUUGUCCACAUCCCCACUAGGUUAGGCUCUGACCUGAAAAGGUAGUCGUGGUAGGAAGGUGAACCUGGCACAGGAAUAAAGAACAGACCAACCACAACUUUAAAUCGGUUUAUUGACACAGCAACACAAC